UACGGAAAUACUUUUUCUGUACUAACGUUUACAAUUAAUAAUUUUUCAAAAUUCAUUAAACUGAAUUAAUUAAAAAUUGGACCUCGCAGUAGACUGUCAAAUCGCACUCUAAACACGGCAAUGAGAAUUCGCCGUAAACACGGCAAGCAAGAGUUUACAAAUGUUCAGUGGGAAUUAAUUACUGAAUUAAAAACCGGAGAAAUGUGCAAUUAACAUACAUAAAAUGAAACAAUUCUAACGCUUCUCCAAUUCGUAUUUUAAGAAAUGAAUGCGAGGUAUUAAUAUCAGAAUACGAUCGAUCUUACGUUGCAUCUGUCAGGUUAAACGGCUGGAUUGUUUUGUAUUCAGAUAAAAUACUGUAGAGUUCGUUUAAAUACUAAUUUCAUAGCGUAAAACAUAACAGGAAUAAAUAUAUUUCGAUUAUAUAAAAAUGUGAAUGAACUGUAAUACAAAUGUUCCAUGCUUCGAUUAAUAUGCAAACCUCUCGUUUCUUCUUGGUGCAUUAUUAAAUAUACUCUUCAUAUAUUUGUGAUCUUAUACUUUUUUCAACUGUUGCACUUUGCAUUUUGUUAACAGAUACCAGAGGAUUAAAAGGGCGGGCAAUGGGCACAUGGGAAAUAAAAAGACAUCAAAUAAACUUGUCAAUGACAGGAAUCAGUAUUACAUUUGUAACACUGAUGAGAUAACUUUUUCCCAUCGAGAGAGAUACCUAAUUUUCUACCUCUGAGAAAAGCAUAUAUUUGUAAACUGUGAAUUAUGAUUAACUGUUAAAUAAGUAGCUUAUUUUUAUCAAACAAGUGUAAUCUUAUAGUUCGAACUGCUGAAGAGAGAUUCAUCAUUGAAAACAUGAAUUCACUUUGCAAUACAGCAGCCAGAAAGUUGCAUUACAGGGGACAAGUUGAUGUAAUAGAUAUGCCGAUAAAAUUAGCUUGUGAUUACAAGUAUUUUCUCGUGUACGAGGACCAAGUAUCGAGAUUCAUUGUAUUGGAAGGUCUGCGUGAAAACACAGCGAACGAAGUAGCCGAGAGACUUCUAGAGGCAUUGGCUAUUAUCGGAGCACCACAAGUCUUGCAGAGCAGAAAUGGACGUAAAUUUGCGGAAGAAGUCGUGCGUGAAUUACGUCUAUUGUGGAAAGAUUUCAUAAUACUGCACGGAGAUAUGAGUGAAAUUACUGAACAGGACAGAGACUUUAAGAACUUGGUUGAAUCGUGGGUAGAGGAGAAUCCAACAAAAUCGUGGAAGCAAGCUUUAAAAUAUGUACAGAUCCUCCAGAAUACAACGUUUUGCUGUGCAGAUGGAAAGGUACCUUAUGACGCGGUGUUUGGAAGGAAUGUACAUGAAGAGUUUAAAAAACGAAUGGUAGUUUCGAGAGAAACUAUAUGGACAGAGGAAGAAUGGAUUAAUCUUUGCCUUAAUCAAAAGAAUAAUAUUAAGGCAGAAGAUAAUCAGCAGCCUGUCGAAAACUCAGUUUUUACAAACAUCAAAUACGAAGAUAGUUUAAAUGACUCUGAGAGCGAAGACUCUUCGGAUUUAACUCGCGAAGAUAGCGACAAGGUGCAAAUGGAUGCUCCCGAAUUUAAUUUCGUGAACGUGAAAAGUGAACCCAUAAACGCGCACACGGAAGAUUCAUUAUACGAAGAUGAAUCCGGUACGGACGAUAAAACACUAGAAGAGAACCAAUCGGAUUUGAAAUGCAAAGUUUGCCAGAAACAAUACAUGAGGCCUGGUCAUUUGAAAAACCAUAUGAAGACGCAUAGAAAAAGGAAAACGUUCGAAUGUAAACUGUGUAACAAAACGUUUCACGUCCAAAGUUUAUACGAGAAGCACUUGCGGCAGUAUCACGGACAAAAUAAGUUAUCCACAUUGACCAGAAGCAGAAGAAGCAAAGAACCGGCGUUGGACACGAGAGCGUCUAAAUUAAGAUGUUCCUCGGAUUCGAAUCUCGAUGAAACGAAUGAAUCUCGAAAGGAAAGGAGAAAACUGAUAACGAAUAAUAGAACGAUGAAAGUAAAUGGAGAGUCCGCUCUGAAAUGUUCAUAUUGCAAUCAGAAGUUCAGCUUCCCUAGCGUAUUGAAGAGACACAUGCGAUCGCACACUAACGAGAGACCCUACAUUUGCGACGUCUGCAAUAAAAGUUUCAAACAGUUGGGCCACCUUAGUCAGCAUUCGUUGACGCACAAGGAUUAUCGGUCUUUCCAUUGCGCCGUUUGCGGGAUAAAGUUCGAAUCUUUAGGGUCGUUAAAGAUCCACGCUCAGUCGCACAAGGAGGGUUACGUCUCGAACACUAAAGACGCGUUCCGUCUGUACGAAUGUGAUAAUUGCAAAAAAGUGUUCACGACUAAGAGCGUGUUGGAGCGGCAUAUAUUAACCCACUCUCACGAACGACAGUUCCCGUGCUUGAUCUGCGGGAAAAGGUUUAAGCAAGCGGGACAUGUAAAAUCUCACAUGCUGGUGCACACUGGCGAACGUAAGUUCGAAUGCUCGGUCUGCCAGAAGAGAUUCAGCCUCUCGAAUUCAUUGAAGAAGCACAUGUACGUGCACAACGGGGAGAAACCGUACCAGUGCGACGUGUGCGGCGCUCGGUUUCUUGAGAAGAGGAAUCUUAACGGGCAUCUGAUGACUCACACGAACGAGCGCCCGUUCCGGUGCAAGAUCUGCGGGAAACGCUACACGUUGGCGGACACGUUGCGCCGGCACAUAAGCGCAGCGCACGAAGACGGCCGCACGUAUCAAUGCGAGAUAUGCGCAAAGAUGUUUAAACAGCUCGCUCACCUGUCCGUUCACAAGAAGGUGCACAACGACGAGCGGCCGUUCCAGUGCCACUUGUGCGAAAAGAACUUUAAGCACAAGAACGUGCUCAAGUCUCAUCUGGCCAUUCACGCGAACGUUCGACCGUUCGAAUGCGACGUGUGCAAGGCCACGUUCGUGAGGAAGACGAACUUGCAGACGCACAUCGCAUCGGCUCACAUGAACGAGAGGCCGUACGUCUGCACGAUCUGCGGGAAACGAUUCAAACAGAUCAGUCACUUGAACGGUCACGUGGUGGUGCACAGUAAUCUGAUGCCUUAUCAAUGCGAUUUCUGUGAUCGGCGAUGUAACAGGCUCGAUAAUCUGAAGAAACAUAUGCGUCUUCAUAAAAAGAACCAAGAACAGACGGUGUAAGGUAAUUGCCGGCACCGUCGAGAUCUAUUUGUAUUAUCAUGCAUGCGUAUCCUCCUUUAACGAUCUGACAUUUUUUAAUCGAGCAAAUUUUGUUUAUAAUCCCGUACAACUUACAAAUUUGAAAUAUUUUUGUAUCUCACCGAAGAAACGCGAAGUGUUUAAAUGCUCUAUUCUUUUGGAAGUAGUUUGAUAAAUGGUUUAUUUUUAAUAGAACGUCUCUGGUCAUAAAUGUAUUAAAAAUGGCAAUGAAAAUUCCAAAAGAAUACAACAUGACAUUUCUCUUGUAUUUUAACUAUCCGUAUGUGUACAUAGUAAUCUCAAUCCAGUUGCAAUCUAAAAAUUUAUAGUCACGAUGGGUUGCUCUGAAAUGAAUUGUGUCUUUUAAAACUUUUUCUGUAUUCUAAGAUUUUAAGAAUCUUACGUUCCCAGCGAAGUUGAUUUACAUCGCAGUAAAGGAUUUGUCAUUGUGUUAUUUUCUAAAUAAAUAUUAUAAUCUAUUUUUGCCCUGA